AAAAGGCGACGCAGUGAUUUUUAAAACAAACCCUCAACAAUUGUGUUUAGUUUUGUGUCUGUGUUCCUCGAGUGUUCCUCUUCCCCCUUUUAAUGUUUACGUGUGUGCCAUUUUAGACAGCUAAGCAAAAAGAAGCGAACAAAAAUUAACACAAACCCUUUUGAACGACAAAUAAAUGUAAAUGAAACUCGUGCGAUUUUUGUUGUAGAUUGUGUGCGAAAUUUAAACGUAAAAAACUCAUAAAUUGCAGCUAAUCGGAAUUUCUGGGCGAUCGAUCGCAGAAGUCAACGCGCUAAUUAGGCAAAACAGAAUAAGGGUAACCAGAGAGAUAAAGAGAGCGAGAAAGAGCAAGUGCUAUAUAACUGUAUUAUACAAAAAUACCUACAUGUGUGUGUGUGAAUGUAGUCGUAUAUACAAAAAGAAAAUCUGAUAAAAAGGCGCAAAAAGCGGUGCGAUGUUGAAAGACGCCGAUGUAAACAGCAUAAGCAACAUAUACAACAACAACAACAACAAUUACAGUAAACACACGCACAAAUGCAGACUAUUGGCAACAUGCUGCCAAACAUCGGAUACAUGUUGCUAGUGCUAGCUACCUCGCUCGCAAUGGAAACCAAAAUGAUUCCCGAUCCACUAACCGAACACAAAGAAUGCAAGAGCCUCGACAUUCGCAACGAUUGCCGUAAUAUGAGUUUACUGGACAACUGUACAGUAGUCACUGGCUUUAUGAUGAUCACACUAAUGCCUAUAAGCCGCCGGGACUGUAACUUCUCCUUGUAUUCAUUUCCAAAAUUACGCGAAAUCACCGGCUUUGUGAUAUUUACCGAAGUGCGCGGCCUGACGAGCAUCCGGAAUAUGUUCCCCAAUUUAACGGUAAUCCGCGGUCGUCGACUUUUUCGUAACUAUGCACUGGGCGUGAGCAGUAUGCACGAUCUUGAGCUGUUGGAAUUCCCAUCCCUGAUAGCCAUUCAACGGGGUCAUAUUUACAUUGGCAAUAAUCAAAAGCUCUGUCAAUUAAAUAGGAUCAAUGCAGAUAGACUCACUUUGAGCACUGGAGAGAAUCAUAUUGUAAUGGGAUCCAACAAUUGUUCACAAAGCGCCAGCUGCAAGGGAUGCGAUUCAAACUAUUGUUGGUCGAACUUUACAUGUCAACGAUUUGAAAACGAUAACGUUGCCCAUUAUGAUCGAAGCUCGGAAAACUGUCACGAGGAAUGCCUGGGAGGCUGCUACAAUGCCACGGCUGCUGGCUGUGUGGUCUGUCGAGGAUUAACCAAUGCCGGAGAGUGUGUGAAGCAAUGUCCGGCGGACAAGUAUUUGCUGGAACAGUAUCAGCGAUGUUACACUCGGGAUGAGUGUGUUGCCCAUCCUGGACACUAUACCUUUGGCUUUGACUGUGUGUCAUUCUGUCCAAGUGGAUACAAACCCAAUGCGACGUUGGCAUGUGUGCAAUGUGAUCCGCAAGAGGCGUGUGUCAGUGUCUGUUCGCCGGAGGAAGAUGAUCUCUUCGUGUCCAUCUACAGUUUGGCAGAUGCCGAUAAGUUGCGUGGUUGUCAGAUUAUCAAUGGCAGCCUCAUCAUCAAGAUUCGCAGUCAAGUUGAUGAAUUGCAGCUGGAGCAGAGUCUGAGAAGCUUACGAGAAAUACGUGGACAUCUCAAAAUCUCUCGCUCCUCGCAGUUGAGCAGUCUUAGGUUUCUAAGGAACUUGAGGCGCAUUCACGGCGAUCCUCUAGAGAAUCGUCACUAUGCUUUAGUACUCUACGACAACAAGCAGCUGACGGAGCUGUGGGAGCCAACAAAGCAGCUGGAAUUUGUCACUGGUGGCAUGUUUAUGCACCGCAACAACAAGUUGUGCAACAAGCACAUGCGGGACUUUCAGGAUCGUGUAAGACACGACAAGGUGUUGGAUUCGCUGCAAACCAGUGACCAGGAGGUGCUCUGUGGUCCCGCCAAGCUGCAGCUGCGCGUGCAGGCGCGCUCCCAUCGCACCAUGAUGCUGAGCUGGCCAAAGGAACAGACGAGCGUGGAGCUGGAGCUAAUUUACAGGAUGGUGCCGUUUGGAGAGACUCAGGUCACGGAAACUGAUUUGGAGGCUCCCAUUUGUACUCGUAUUAAUUGGCAGCGACUGUUGCUCUUUGUGGAUGAUCUGCGAGAGAAUGGCACACACUACAGCUAUCAGUUGGAGCAACUGCAUCCAAAUACACGCUAUGCCUGCCUGCUGCGCACCUUUGGCGGUGACCUGCAGCACGAGGCACGCAGCGAACUGAUCUACGUGCAGACACAGCGCGACAUUCCAAAGUCACCACUGCUGGCUGUGACCAAGAAGACGGACACUUCGCUCAGCCUGAGCAUAGGUGCCCAGGACCAGGAGUAUUUCGUGUUGAACGUUUUCGAGCUGCCCGAUGAUGAGGCAUAUAUGGAUGAGCGUAACUUUUGCAAGCAACCUCCAUUCUUGUGGCAGGACAUGGAUGCGAUGCGUUGGCGCUCGAUACAGGAAUACGACUACGAUGAUUGCUGUGCCCAUCAGGAGGAGUUGGCGGAUGAUCAGCAUUUCAUUGAUGAAAUGAGUACCAUGUAUCGCUGUAGUUUGGAUGCGCCCGAGAAUUGUGCAACACUCGGAGCAAAGCAACUGCAACUUGCGGCUAAUACAACAACGUAUGAUCUGCGGAAUCUGGAACGAUAUCGUCUGUACUCGCUGCAACUGCAGGCCUGCAACAAAUUCGGUUGCAGCAGCGUCACAACGUUGAACGAACGCACGAAUUUCACUUUGGGUGCGGAUUCACUCACUGAGCUGACCGCCUGCCGGGUGCCCAAGACAACGGAGUACAUCAUGCGUUUCCCAGAGCCAUCAAAGCCGAAUGGCCUCGUUGUCAACUAUGUGCUGCACUAUCGCAACAAUGUGUCGAAUGAGGUGGUCGAAACCCAUUUAAGUUGCCUAACACGACGGGAUCAUGCAGAUGCGAAAUUCGUGCAUGUGAAUAACUUGAAUGGCACCUAUAACGAGGGUGCGGUUCGAGUGCAUUCACUGGCCGGCGAUGUUAUCACACCAUAUGUGGCCAUCACCUGGUGCGACAGCGAACAGAGUAAGAUUCCGACAACCACAGCGAGAGCGACAGUGACUGUUAAGGAGCAGCUGCAUGAGGGAGCAGUUGAGCCUGUCACCGAGCUGGAGGAGACUCAUUCACAUGCCCAUGGGAUAAGCAUAUUUGUACUAUGCUUUUUAUUUGGGUGCGGCCUGUCGCUUGUCUGGCUUCUGUACAAGCGACGAUGUUGGCGCAAGUGGUCGGGAUUGCGUCGAUAUGUGCCGUUACGGGAGCAGUGGUUGCGGGAGCGCCAACAGACUGAGGAUCGUGAGAUACUCGUCGAUGGCUUUGAGACGGUUCGUUUUCAAAACAGCAACAACAACAAUAACAACAUUAGCAGUAGCAGCAACGAGUAUUAAAAUAUAAGAUUUAAUAAAUAUGUAUCGACUUACCCUCGAGAGCAACACAGAA